AUGGAAUGGUGCUGGAUUCUGUCCAAGGUGGAGGACAUCGUGCAGGAGGUCUAUGAUGCCUACAAGACAAACCAUCACUCCUCACAGUACGUCCUGCAGCGGGAGAAGCACUUCCAUUACCUGAAGAGAGGUCUCCGGCAGCUCACUGAAGCCUAUGAGUGUCUGGAUGCCAGCCGCCCCUGGCUCUGCUACUGGAUCCUGCACAGCCUGGAGCUGCUGGAUGAGCCCAUUCCCGAUUCAGUGGCCUCUGAUGUCUGCCAAUUCCUGAGGCGCUGCCAGAGCCCCCAGGGUGGAUUUGGGGGGGGUCCUGGCCAGCACCCCCACCUUGCCCCCACCUAUGCCGCCGUCAACGCGCUCUGCAUCAUCGGCACCGAGGAGGCCUUCGGCGUCAUCGACAGGAAGAAGCUCUUGGAAUACCUGUACUCGCUGAAGCAGCCGGAUGGCUCCUUCCUCAUGCAUGUGGGUGGAGAGGUGGAUGUCAGGAGCGCCUACUGCGCCGCCUCAGUGGCCUCGCUGACCAACAUCCUGACACCUGCACUCUUCGCUGGGACGGCCGAGUGGAUUGCCAGGUGCCAGAACUGGGAGGGUGGGAUCGGUGGCGUGCCGGGCAUGGAGGCGCAUGGCGGCUACACUUUCUGUGGCGUGGCUGCGCUGGUCAUCCUCAAGCAGGAACAUCUGCUGAACCUCCGUAGCCUGCUGGUGAGUGACCCCUCUCGGGAUACUGGGGCUCUCAUCCUGCUGGGGAGCUUUGGUCCCACGCUGGCUCCCAUCGCCCCGCAGCACUGGGUGACCGGGCGGCAGAUGCGCUUCGAGGGCGGAUUCCAGGGCCGCUGCAACAAGCUGGUGGAUGGAUCCCGGGAUUUCUACCACACCUGCUACUGCCUGAGUGGGUUGGCCAUUGCACAGCACUUUGGAAGUGGAGAUCUCCACAAUGAGGUGGUCCUGGGUAUCCCUGAGAAUUGCCUGCAGGCCACGCACCCUGUCUACAACAUUGCCCCGGAGAAGGUGGCGAGGGCGGUGAUGCACUUCCUGCAGUAUCCUGUGCCCAGCCUGGAUCCAGCACCCGCUGCCCAGUAG